CUUGUUUUUCUUAUCAGAAGCCUAGGGGGAAAUAAAUCACAAUUUAAGACAGAGAUCCCAUUGAGAAAUUUGAAAACUCUUCACCCCCCGGAGAUCUAGAAGAAAAGAUAUCCCUCCCCGGAAUCCGUCUUCUAUCUACUCAAUAGAACGAUCCAGUUGACUAUUUGAUUACGACGGGCUGCGAUUGUCUGGUUGAUCAGCGUCUUUUUCUCACGGAUCUGUGAAUAUACUGCAUGAUGGCGGGGGACUCAAAACUGCCAUCGGAGCUCAACGAGUCCACUCCGCUACUUCAGCCACCUCCCUACUCUGAGACUGAUCAUGGCUUCCAGCCGAGUUCAUAUUCGACGAUACCCGCAGCAGAAGAAGAUGCGACAUUCCCCGCUCUGACACAAGUCGACUCGGUCCCAGCUGGCUUGGAGAUCGAGCCAAACCUGCAGAGAAUCGCGUCGAUAGAGGCGGCCCGAAAGACGACAGCAGACGCCGAAGGCGGCCCAUCGGGGACAGACAAGAACUAUGCCUCGCGAUUCAUCAACGUAUCGCCCAUGAGAUUCUGGUUAAUCUUCUCGGGCAUCCUCAUAGGAUACAUCAUUGGGUUCUUCGAUUCCACCCUGAUGGCGUCGAGUCACCCAGUCAUCACUUCGCACUUCCACGCCUCCAACUCGGCGUCGUGGCUGUCGACAGCGUUCCUCUUAACCUCCACAGCCUUCCUCCCACUCUUUGGACGAAUCUCGGACACGCUCGGUCGCAAGCCCGUCUACCUCUUCGCGAUCGCCGUGUUCUUCGUAACGACCGCCUGGUGCGCCAUGGCGCAAAGCAUCGGCAGCUUCAUCGCAGCGCGCGCCUUCUGCGGCCUCGGCGCAGGCGGCGUCUUCUCGAUGGGCAUGAUCCUCUCCAGCGACCUAGUGCGUCUUGAAUACCGCGGCGUCUACCAAUCCUACAUCAACCUCUGUCUCGGCAUCGGCGGCUGCCUAGGUCUCGCCUUCGGCGGGUUCCUAUGCGACCAGGUAGGAUGGAGAGGUGCAUUCUACGUGCAGCUGCCCUUCAUCUUCAUUUACUUCAUAGUGGCAGCGUGGACUACCUCCAGUGACCUAGGCGUUAAGCACGCGCGCGUCGAACGCAUGACUUUCAGGCAAUUUCUCGGCAGUAUGGACCUGGUUGGCUCUGUGAUGCUUGUCCUGGGCGUCACGGCCCUGAUCAUGGGCCUCAACCUGGGCGGUAAUGUCUUCAGCUGGACCCAUCCCCUGGUCAUCUCGUCCUUGAUCUUAUCAGUCGUCUUAGCUGUGAUCUUUGUGCGCUACGAGCGCAACGUCGAGCGCGCCGUCAUGCCCAUCUCGCUACUCUCGAAGAACCCGCGCGCAAGCAUCAUCUUCGGAAACUUCUUCGGCUCCAUCUCCAUCAACACCAUGAUCUUCAACGCACCACUCUACUUUCAGGCCGUCAAGCUCGCCAGCCCUACAGACUCAGGCCUCAGAUUGGUCGCGUCUACUCUGGCCGUGACGGUCUCCAGCGUGUCCACGGGAUUCCUAAUCACCUGGACCAAGCGCCUCAAGCCGACCGUCAUGGUGGGCGACGUGCUCCUCUUCCUGGGCGGCUGUGCAGCAGCCACAAUGGGCAUUGGCACAUCCGAUCAAGUCGCCAUGCUGUGCGUGUCUCUUUCGAGUCUCGGCCAGGGAUUCGCGUUCCCGAGUUUGAUGGUGUCCAUCUUGGCUACCAGCGAUCAAGACGAACAGGCUGUCGCCACGACGACUCUCGGCCUGUGGAGGAACUUGGGGUCUGUCAUGGGCGUGUCGCUGAGUAGCUGGAUUUUCCAGAACACUCUACUGUACCAACUCGAGGAGACGGUCACCGGUCCGAACAAAGAUGGUGUCAUUACGCUUGUCCGUAAAUCGGUUCAGGCCGUUGUUAACCUCGACCCGAUGCACCAGCAGCAAGUGAUCGGGGCAUAUGCCACUGCUCUCCGGGCUACUUUCCUGUUCGCCGCCGUCUGCGGAGCAAUCACGCUCAUGCUGCACUUGCGGGUUAAACUGCCCCGUUUGGGGAGUAAAUGUUGAGUGUGGAUCAUUUUAUGUUUUGCAUGUAAGUCCCUCCGUCUAUGUGGUAGCAUGUCACGAUGCCGGAUAGGGAAAAGAUUGGGAAAAAGUCGGCGCAUAUUAUAUGGUAACGAUGUAAAUGUUUUGAUGAAUGGGUGGU